GUCAGGAGCGGAACCAUGGCGGUCACCAAGGAGCUCUUACAGAUGGACCUGUACGCCCUCCUAGGUAUCGAGGAGAAAGCAGCAGACAGAGAGGUGAAGAAGGCAUACAGGCAGAAGGCCCUCUCCUGCCACCCAGACAAAACUCCAGAUAAUCCCAGAGCAGCCGAGCUCUUCCACCAGCUUUCUCAGGCCUUGGAGGUACUGACCGAUGCUGCAGCCAGGGCUGCGUAUGACAAGGUCAGGAAAGCCAAGAAGCAGGCAGCAGAGAGAACCCAGAAACUGGAUGAGAGAAGAAAGAAAGUGAAGCUUGACCUGGAGGCCCGGGAACGGCAGGCCCAGGCUCAAGGCAGUGAGGAGGAGGAGAGCCGGAGCACCAGGACACUAGAGCAAGAGAUCGAACGCCUUCGAGAAGAGGGUUCCCGGCAGCUGGAGGAACAGCAGAGGCUGAUCCAGGAGCAGAUACGCCAGGAACGGGAGCAGAGGUUGAGAGGAAAGGCAGAAAGUCCUGAAGGCAGAGGAACCCCGAAGCUAAAGCUAAAAUGGAAGUGCAAGAAGGAAGACAAGUCAAAAGGUGGCUACUCCAGAGAUGUCCUCCUACAGCUUUUCCAGAAGUACGGAGAGGUGCUCAACCUGGUGCUUUCCAGCAAGAAGGCUGGCACCGCCGUGGUGGAGUUUGCGACUGUCAAGGCUGCGGAGCUGGCUGUCCAAAACGAAGUGGGCCUGCUCGAUAACCCCCUGAAGAUUUCCUGGUUGGAGGGACGGCCCCAGGGCGCAGGGGGCCCCAGCCAUCCAGGACUGAUGAUCCCUUCUCUGAUGAAAAAAUGUCAGAAACCCAUGAGAACCAAAACUGUUCUGAACUGUGGGCUUCAGACGAACAUCCCAGUCAGGAGAGACAAAGCACACCUUUGUUACUCUCGCAUCCGAGGCGGUGCGGUGGGGUCUCACAGUCACCAGGGAACCUGCAUCUCCAUGAAGGACAACACCGCAGCUCUUGGCUCUGCUGCUCUCAUCAACGAAUCAUCAAAGGCCUCCUGGGGCGUCUCUCACUGA